ACAUCUCAUUUAUUAAUAAUAAUAAAGUAACUAUUCUUAUAAUGUAUUUGGUGGGCUUAAACCCUUUGAAAUAAAUAUAAGCUGUUAUAUUCUAAUUAUUCAAAAAAUGAUAAGACAUGCGAUAAGUGGUUAUCGGAACAAAGAGUUUAUUCUCAGAAGAGUUACUUUUAUUAACAACAUAUUUUCAGAUGAUGGACUUGGAAAUUUAAUGUAUUGUGCCAUAGAAAGGUCAACUGUAUUACACGGGAUCUUGACGCGCAAUACAGACAAGAGCUGCUAGUAUACUACGGGACCUUGACGUAGACAUACCAGCCUAGACUGCCAUUAGAGGAAGUGACGCCCCUGUCCUAUGACACAAUACUCGCCAUACCUUCCGCCCCAGUAAUGACGGCUGUACAUUACGGGACUUCAGAUGAUGGACUUGAAGAUUUAUCGUGUCGCAUCAUAACAAGGUCAACUGUACUUCACGGAAUCUUGACGUGAAAUACAGACAAGAGCUGCCAAUAUAUCACGGAAUCUUGACGUGGGUCCAUUAGCCUAGAUUGCCUCUUAGAAGUCUUAAUGCCUCUUAGCUAUGACACAACGCGUUUCAUCAUGCAAUGUAAAUGUGUAUUUGAAGUUAUUGCAGGGCUAUUACAAUCAGCACCUCACAAUU